CGCUCAAUCUACUUCCUUUGAUGCUCUUAUUGGCUUUACUUAUACCAGUGGCUCAGACUCAAGGGAUUUGUAAAGCUGUGGUGUUCAUGAAGCCUGAUGCACAUGUGUUUAUUGGAGAGACCAUGACAUUGACAUGUGGUCUACAUUGUGGGGGAUAUGCUCAUUGGCCAUUUGGCUGGUAUAAGAAUAAUGAACGUCUGCAUGAUGAACAGGGUUAUUUCAUCACAGCACAGACAUUCUCUAUAUUGUCUGUUAAUAACUCCCACAGUGGCUCUUACACCUGCAAUGACAAGUCUUCAAUGUUUAGUGAUGCUGAAUUACUGACUGUUUCACCAAAACCUAAACCAAUUGUAAGAGUGAAUCCACAGACCUCUAUCUACACUGGAGACACCGUUACUCUGAGCUGUGAGCUGAAGGAGACAAGUAAAUGGGACUUUCUCUGGUACAACAACUCACAGCCCAUGAACACACUAUCUAGAAAUACCAAUGUGCUCAGCAUGACAAUGUAUAAUGUUGGCGAAACAAAGUACCAAUGUCAAGCAUCCAGGUAUAACCCAUUGGGAGUCAAAGUUUUCAACACAGAGUCCAGUGAUGAAGUCACAAUUACAGCAAGAGAGAGACCCCAGACAGUACUGAGUGUAUCUCCACAGAACUGGCUGACUGAAGGAGACUCAGUGACUCUAAGCUGUGAGGUUACAGACUCCUCUACAGACUGGACAUUCAGCUGGUACACAGUUGUUCCCUACAGAGACAGAUUAACUCAAAUAAAAAAUAUUAAUGGCCACAUCAUGUAUGUGGAGCUCCUCUCAAACAGCAGCAGAGGUUCUGGAGGCAACUACACUCUCAGUCCUUCUGCUCUUCAUCACAUAGGCAUUUAUGUGUGUAGAGGAGAGAGAGGAGAACCAGUCAUUUACACACUGUACAGCAAUCCACAGCCUCUAUGGAUCUCUGGUGAAUCUCCUCCAGUGUCUCUGAUCAUCAGUCCCAGCAGAACUCAACACUUUACUCAUGACUCUCUCUCACUGAGCUGUGAGGACCAGAACUCUACUGGAUGGACAGUGAGACGAUACACAGACAGUGAAGGAGUGUUAGAUUGUUCACGGUGGGGAUCAGUUACAGGAUCUACAUGUAAAAUCAGCUUCCUCUCCACAUCCUACACUGGAGUUUACUGGUGUGAGUCUGAAUCUGGAGAAAACAGUAAUCCUGUCAACAUCACAGUUCAUGAUGGUGAUGUGAUCCUGGAGAGUUCUGUUCAUCCUGUGACUGAGGGACAUCCUCUGACUCUACACUGUUUAUAUCGUAACACAAAUCCCUCAAACCUCCGAGCUGAUUUCUAUAAAGAUGGAUCAGUCGUCCAGAACCAGACUACAGGAGAGAUGAUCAUCCAUAAAGUCUCAAAGUCAGAUGAAGGUUUCUACCACUGUAAACACCCAGAGAGAGGAGAGUCACCGAGCAGCUGGAUCUCAGUCAGAUUCUCAGAUUAUAGAUCCAGUGGUGAAACAGUAGGAUUGGCUGUGGGACUGAGUUUGUCCUUUUUGUUUAUUGUUUUGCUGAUCUUAAUAAUCCUGCUGUGGAUCUACAAAAUAAAGAAAGGUAAUCAUGGAAGAACUUUUGGGCUCAGUGGAAGAAGAACAGCAGAAAAUCAGCAGAAAACCAAUCAGAUAUCAGAGAAGAAUCAGAGCUGGUCAGGAGCUGAAGACUCUCAGUCAGCAUACACACAACUUCAGACUGAAAAUGAACACAUUUAUGAAACUUUGGAUCAGGCAGACAUGAGUGGAGCAGGAGCUACUGUUAAAUUCGACAUCACUGAUGUGACCCACACUGAGAUUCAGUUAAAACCAAUGAGAAAAGUAAAGAGAGCACAAGAGAAGACCAGUGUGGGUGGUAAUACUGUAUACUCACUGCUGUAUCAGAACCUAAAGUGAUCUGUGUCUUUCAACUCUGAAGAAUCUGCGGAGAGCUAAAAAUCUUUUGAAGAAAUUGAAAAAUGUGUUUGUCUUUAGAUUUCCCCAAGUGCUCAUCUGUAAAAACUUUUAAAUUGCUUUAAUCUAAGGUUGGAUAAUGGCCAAACCUUGUAGCUGUUUUGAGAACUUUGAGCACACAUUAACACAAAACUAGGUCUUUCUAAAGAUAUGUGUAAAUCACCAAAGUUUAGAACAUGUCAUAACAAAAUCAAGUAAUUCUGAAAAAUCUUAUGAUCCACCAUUCGACUAAAUGAUUUAUUUUUCAGGCGGCUUUACUGACUGGCAGGAUCUGCUUAACAACACUGCUAAAGUAGGACAAAUGAGCGUCUGCUUUAAAAGUCAAUAUAAAGGAGAA